CGAGGUGCCUUCUUCUCUGCUUCGAUCAGAAGCGGUUUGACCACCGUCAACGACCACCCUCUCUCGAGCACAAGAGUCCUCCACCGCCGUCUUCUCCGCCGAAGUCGGAAGGAGGAAACCACCGGCGACGCCUCCUCGCGUUGCUCGCGCCGAGAGGAAUGGCGUCGCGGAAGGAGACCGACGUCUCGGACAUCGAAGACGGAGACGGUCUCGAGGAGGAGCCCGGCGAGGUGAUCGAUUCGGCGCCUCCGAUGAAGGUCGGCGAGGAGAGGCCGCUCGGCCGCACCGGCCUCGCGAAGAAGCUCCUCCGGCGCGGCCGCGGCUGGGAGACGCCCGAGCUCGGCGACGAAGCCGCCGUUCAUUUCGUGGCGACUCUGACUGAUGGGACUCGGUUCGAUUCCAGCAGAGAUAGGGAUGAACCUCUGACGCUGAAGCUUGGUCAGGGUCAAUUGGUUUCUGGUUUGGACCAUGGGAUUAUAACAAUGAAGGAAGGGGAAUGUGCCUUGUUCACCGUGCCUCCUGAGCUGGGCUAUGGAGCUGUGGGCCGCCAGGGCGUUCCUCCAAAUGCGGCUGUGAGGUUCGAAGUCGAGCUCAUUUCGUGGAUCAGAGUGGUGGAUAUCUGUAAAGAUGGGGGGAUUGUGAAAAAGAUUUUGGUAAAAGGAGAGAGGAAUGAGCAACCUAGCGAUCUAGAUGAAGUCUUGGUGAAAUAUCGAGUGGCUUUGCCAGAUGGUACCAUUAUUGCUGAAGCACCCGAAGAAGGAUUCGAAUUUUAUGUAAAAGAUGGUCAUCUUUGUCCAGCAUUUUCAAAAGCAGUGAUGACCAUGAAAAAGGGAGAAAGGGUUAAAUUGCUCAUUCAACCUCAGUAUGCUUUUGGGGACAAAAAAUUUGGUAACAGUGACCAGCUACAUAAUGUUCCUCCAAAUUCUAUCCUCGAUGUUGACUUGGAAUUGGUAUCUUUCAAGCCUGUUAUUGAUGUCACUGGCGAUGGAAAGGUACUCAAGAAGAUCCUGAAAGAGGGGGAAGGAGCAUUUACAGCAAAUGAGGGUGCAGCUGUUACUAUUAGCUAUGCAGCUAGGCUAGAGGAUGGGACUGUAUUUGAAAAGAAAGGACUAGAUGGCGAGCAACCUCUGAACUUUGUCACAGAUGAAGAGCAAGUGAUUGCUGGUUUAGAUCGUGCAUCGGCAACCAUGAAGAAAGGGGAGCUGGCUAUGGUGACGAUAAAUCAUGAAUAUGGGUUUGGAAGUGUAGAAGUUGAACAAGAUCUCGCCAUUGUUCCUCCAUGUUCCGAUCUAAUCUAUGAAGUUGAAAUGCUGGACUUCAUUAAGGAGAGAGCCCCAUGGGAGAUGAAUAAUAGUGAGAGAAUUGAGGAAGCUGGGAGGAAGAAAGAAGAAGGCAAUUUGCUGUUCAAAGCCGGGAAGCUUCGACGAGCAGGAAAAAAAUAUGAUAAGGCUGCUGACUAUGUCGGUGAGGAUGGUUCCUUUGGGGAUGAUGAGCAAAAGCUAGUCAAAGCAUUGAGAGUUGCGUGCUGGCUAAAUGCUGCUGCUUGUAGUCUGAAGCUAAAUAAUUUCCAGGAAGCAAUUAGGCUUUGUUCAAAGGUACUGGAUUAUGAGUUCUAUAAUGUGAAAGCAUUGUACAGGAGGGCGCAAGCUUAUAUGGAGACUGCGGAUCUGGUCUCAGCUGAACUAGACAUCAGGAAAGCUCUAGAUAUUGAUCCUGUUAACAGGGAGGUGAAAAUGCUAGAGAGAAGCUUGAAACAACUUCAAGCCGAGAGCAAUAGGAGAGAUGCCAAGGUUUACAGCAACAUGUUUGCAUGGAUGACGAAGGACACCUCCAAGAGUAAUAAGGUGGAGAAGAUGCCUGGGAAGCAUUGGACAAUAGGAGUGAUGUUCCUCGAUGGGAAAGCCAUAACUCCAGGGGACCAGUUGAUCGGGUUCUGUUGGUGGUUAAGCGUCUGAUAAACACUUGGUAGAUCUCAUGUUGAAGCCAGAGUCUCUCAAUUAGUGUGACCUUGAUAGCUACUGCCACCACUCUGAGUUGACCUUUGGCUGAUGCACGUGGAUGGGCUGUCGAUGUGCUUUCAUGAAGAUUACUUGAGUCGAGAGGAUCAAAUACUUUCAAAAAAGUAUACUAUGUAUAUUCACUGGUUUAAUGGUGAAAGCAUGAUUGAGUACUUUGGCGACACUUCGUAAUUAGCAACGAGGGGUGGGGAACAAGGGGGGAUGAACGAGACAUUAGCAAUGAAGUAUAGUAGAUUGAAAUAUAAUCUUGCUUAUCAUAAAUGUAUCACCUGUUCAAUCAAUACUUUCUUGCCGGGACGUUAAGGAAACUGGCUUCAAAGUUUGGACGUGGAAAAAUUGUGGAUUGUCAUGAUGUCGAGAUUGGUUGAUAUACUCAAUGAUGAAUAUAAACAGAAGGAUUCAGCAGCUUUCGAGACAUGACUCGUCCGGGAUGUUUCCAACCAAAUAAUUCCUAGUUGGAAAACAUCCCUAAAAUGAUUUUGAAGUUAAUAGAACUUGUCUGAGUAUUUUCAUGAAUUUGAUAAAGAGUGUGGUCGCAUUAUAUUAGUAUCGAAAUGGAAAAAGAUUCAAAGGCUGUUUUGGUGGAGAAUUCAGCGACGACCGGGGGAUCUACACUCAGAGGAAGAAAGUGUAGAGUAGUGUAAAACGUACAGGCAAGCUGUAGGAUUGCAGAAGCAACGGAGUGACGGACCAUGUCGAUCCAGACUUUCCAUCUAUAGAUUGCUGGAUUGUCAAAAUCAGAAGACGAAGCUCAUACCCAUGUACUGUAGAUAUCGGAGUAUAUUGCAGCCCAAAAAUCACAGACUAAUUCCAUCUGGAGAUUGAUGAAUCGAAGUGUUCAAAA